AUGUCAAGACACGAAAAGGAACGACGAGAAACUGAUCGAGGAGAUCUUGCCGCAAUCCGCAUCUUGGUCUAUUUUCCUGACGAUAUUCCCCGAGCUGUAGAGGCCAUCAAGAGCUCCGAGAUAUUUGAAAUCCCGGAAGCAGUUGUCAGUUUCUCUCGGACCCGUUUUGAUCAAAGAGCGAGGGAUAUAGCCCAACAUAAGAAGGGCGUAUCUCCCAACUACACGGAUGGGCCCUGUGAGGAACGCUUGAGCUCAGCAAAUGAUAUCAUCCAACGCUGGAAGAACUCCAGGUAUCAAGCAGUGCAUCUUUACGUAAGAGUCAGGACGCGAAGUACGAUGGAGAACGCUAUCGCAGAUCAACAAGAAGUGGAGAGAGAAAAGGGGGCCGGUCCGGCGAUAGUGGGUGAAGCUGGUGAGUUUUCCUGA